CAUCUACUGCCGGGGCUGCCACAAGCCCCUGUGCUGCUCGUGUGCGCUCCUGGACAGCGGCCACAGCGACCUCAAGUGCGACCUGAGCGCCGAGGUGCUGCAGCGCCAGGACGAGCUGGACGCCACGGCGCGCGCGCUGCGGGAGCGCGGCGGCGCCUUCGGGGCUGCGCUCGCGCAGGUGCGCGCGGCCAUCGGGCAGCUGGGCCGCGCGCGCGCCGACGCCGAGGACCUGAUCCGCGAGCGCGUGCGCCAGGUGGUGGCACACGUGCAGGCGCAGGAGCGCGAGCUGCUGCAGCAGGUGCACGCGUGCUACCAGCGCGACUAUGAGGAGCUGGCGGCCCGGCUGAGCCGCCUGGAAGCCGUGCUGCAGCGCAUGCGCACGGGCGGCGCGCUCGUGCGGAGGAUGAAGCACUACGCGUCGGACCAGGAGGUGCUGGACAUGCAUGGCUUCCUGCACGAGGCUCUCUGCCGCUUGCGCCAGGAGGAGCCCCAGGGCCCGCAGGCCGCCGUGCGCGCUGAGGGCUUUGACGAGUUCAAGGUGCGCCUGCAGGACCUCGUGGCGCGCGUCACCCAGGCCACAGACGCAAUUCUGUCCAGGAGAACCAGCCCGCAGUCUGCCAGUACCCCCGGCGACCUGCUGCAUGUGGACCUGCCCGAGCAGGCACAGAAGAUGCAGGCGCCGCCCAUGGCCGUGGUGCAGUCGGUGCCCGGGGCCCACCCUGUGCCCCUGUACGUCUUCUCCAUCAGAGACACCUCCAGUGCAGAGGAGGACUCCGGCACCCUCGUGGGCCGGAAGAGGAAGUCCUGUUACACCCAGUGCCCGCAAAAGAUGAUCAAGCUGGAGUCGGAGGAGAAGGAGAGGCCGGCCCAGAGCUCCCCGGAGCAGCCCAGACCCAGCACCUCCAAGGCAGUGUCACCGCCCCAACUGGACGGGACCCCCAGCCCCGGGAGCCCCAACGUCGGAGAAGAGGUCGACCCGGCCAACAGCAACCACGUGGCUGGCGAUGACCCGGAGGAGGCAGAGGAGCGCGUGGUGGUGAUCAGCAGCUCAGAGGACUCCGAUGACACCGAGAUCGCGGUCCUGCCUUCCUGGGUGACCUCAACACCCUCCGUCCCGACCAGGCCCGCUGCCAGCCCUGUGGCCACGCCCUGCGCCUCGCCCUUGCCGGGAAGUACCCACCUCAGAGCCGCGCCCUGAGACUGACCACAGCCCCUCCCGAGCUCAGCCCUCCCCCUGCGCCUCCCUCCAGGGGCACCACCCCGGCCCUGCCCACCUGUCUCCAGGUGAGGCCCUGGGAGGCACAGGGAAUCCGUGGCCGGCUGCUCUGUGCUGCCACCUGCAGGUGGAGCUGUGCUCACUCCCCCGCCCUGGUCCCACCCUUGCCAUCAGCUGGGGCCCCGGAUGGCCUGGGAGUGGCUGACACCUGACUGCAGACCUCCCUGCCCACUGCUUUUGGGAGGGCAGAGGGGGCAUCUGCCUGCUUCUAAGACCCAGCCCUGUGUCCAGCCCCACUCCUCAUCCUCCCGCAGGAAGCCCGCGCGCAGAGUCCUUCCUGUGUGCUGGGCUGCACGUUCCCUGCACGCCAGCAGCGCGGGCAGGCACCCCGGGUCCCGACCAGCGCUUCAGCUCAGGUCGCCUCCUCGCGCUCGGUCUCUCUGCCCCCUCGAAUGCUGCCGAUCUUCCUGCUUUGGGCCUGGGCCCUCUGCUCUUUAUCCAUGUAUCCCCCCUGCCAGUGGCCUCCCAGCAGCCCCCCUGGGGGCCCCAGACCCGCCGUCUCUUCCUCUUCCCCCCACUGUCGCCAUCGGCGUGAAGCCCAGGCCCAGCCCCAGGUGGAGCGCCCCCCUGUUUUAGCCAGCGGAGACGCCCGUGGUCCAGCCCCCUCUGAAUCUUGGGAGCUGGGAAGCAGGGGUGGAGAGAGAGGCUGGGAUGACCGCAGUCGCGGGGCAGCGCCAGGCGGGCCCCAGGCCGGCAGUAUCCAGGGAGCUGCACACACACAUGUCAGGUGAUGGAGAAUUAAACAAGCCAGAGAGUGCGGGCCUGGGGUGGGGCGGGGUGGGGCCCAUGGCUUUGGUCUGUGUGGUCUUUGGGUGUAUAUAUUUGAUAAAUUAACCAUGACAGCAGCCCCAGUGUUUUAAGAAAAAGCAUUAAAAGACAAAAACAAAAUGAGAUCCCCCUCGUACAUUUUUUUUUUAAGAUUCGGCUGCUUACUUAAAAGGCAGCGUUACAGAGAGACAGACAGAUCUUCCAUCCACUGGUUUACUCUCUAAGUGGCCACAAUGGCCAGGGCUGGGCCAGGCUGAGACCAGGAGCCAGGAGCUUCUUCCAGGCCUCCCACACGGGUGCAGGGGCCCAAGCACUCGGGCCGUCGUCCACUGCUUUCCCAGGCGCAUUAUCAGGAGCUGGGUAGGAAGUGGAGCCGCCGGGACUUGAACCAGUGCCCAUAGGGGAUGUCGGAGUCCGCAGCUGUGGCUCCCACCUGCAGAGACUACAUGAGCUGGGCUGAGAGUUUCUGAGGUUGCCUGUGCCUUGCGUUUGGACCACCGAACCAGAGUGGGGGUGCAGGGGUGUCCCUGUGCCGUUUGUCGGUGACUCAGCCUGGACUGGAGCUGACUUGUACAUCCGGGCCACAAUGCCAGGAGAGAGGGGUACGGGGACUCCCCAGACAAGCCUUCUUGGCUUCUGGAAGGUGACAGGAGCGGCACGGGGGCACGGGCGGCCUGCCGAGGCUGUGAGACCGCGGGGAGGGGGGGGUGAUGGAUGCACGAGGGGAGUGCAGGGAGCGCGUGGGAAACGUGCGCUGAAACACUGGGCGUGAGGCCAGCAGCGUCGGCCCCGAACUCGUGUCUCUGGACUCCAUUUCCCACGAGGUUUUGGAGGUCCCCUCACAGCUGACUCGAAGGCACCCGGGGGCCGUGGCUGAGCUGUUUUUCCUACCCACAGCAUCCCCAGGCCAUAGAGUGGGAGAAAUUCCUGCACCUGCUCACGUCUUACAGCUCACUGGCCUCUCUCUCUGAACUCUCAGCCUCUCCCCCUGCACAGCCUACAGAGCCUUCCCCUGCCCACACUGGGCUGGCCCCUCUGCACCCCCACUCUGCUGCCCUUUCAGGCAAACCUCAGUUCCUUAUGCCCACUGGGCUCUGUGCCCCGCCCAUACCCGGUGACCUUGAUCUGUAGAGCGGGAGGUGCCCAAGCGCCUACUGCCCUUGGGUGAAGUCUUUUUUUUUUUUUU